GGGCAGUCAGAGAGAGAGAGAGACAGAGAGAAAGAAGUAAAUCCUUCGUCAGAGAGAGAGAGAAAAAACAAUCCAGCAGUGAUCACCAGCGGCGUUAAGAUGGCGGCGGGAGGUGUGAGAGUGCCGUGUGUUUGGAGCCUCCUGCAGCUGCUGCUGGCCCUCGGCGCGGCCCGGCGGCCCUUCUUCACCUCGCAGACGCUGCACUUCGGCGGGGGCGCCGGGGCCGGCGACCCUCAGGAGCGCGGCUUCUUCACGGUGGCGGCCGCCUCCAAGCAUGGAGGUGCGGGCACGGUGCUGCCGGAUCACGGCGACAGCCGGAGCAACCUGAGGGAGCUGAACCACCGGCACCGGUGGCGCAGGAGCAUCGACGGAAAGGAGCAGCUGCAAGUCUUCGGACAGGUGAACCUCAAUGACUCUCACAAUCAAAUGGUUGUUCACUGGGCUGGAGAAAAGAGCAAUGUGAUCGUGGCACUUGCCCGGGACAGUCCGAUUUUGCAGGGACCUCACACCAGUGCUGUGUACGUUUCAUAUAAUUAUGGAAAGACCUUCAAGAGGAUCAAUGAGAAGUUCAAGCUAGAAGAUGGAUCAAAAAACCAAACCGUUAUUGCUCAGUUUUACCAUAGUCCAGUAGAUAAUAAACGGUACAUGUUUGCAGAUAUCAAAAACCACUACUUGUGGAUCACUUUCAACUUUUGCAACGAUAUUCAAGGCUUCCAAAUUCCAUUCAGUCCUACUGAUCUUCUUAUGCAUAGUCGGGAUUUCAAUCUUGUGCUGGGUUAUGACAGUUCUCAUCCAAACAAACAGCUUUGGAAAUCAGAUGACUUUGGACGAACUUGGAUUUUGAUUCAAGAGCAUGUCAAAUCUUUCUACUGGGGUGUGGAACCAUAUGACUUGUCUACCACAGUUUAUGUUGAACGACAUGAGCCAAUGGGUUCCUCCAGUAUCAUUAAAAGUACAGACUUCUUUCAGACUGAUGAAAAACGUGAGAUUCUGUUGGAAGGAGUAGAUGACUUUCAGUUACAGGACAAAUACAUGUUUGCCACAAAGAAAGUGCAUCUCCUAGGAAGCAGUGACCCAGUAACAGUACAGUUAUGGGUGUCCUAUAAUCGGACACCCAUGAAACGAGCGCACUUCCUCACAAGAUACCAUAUAGAGGAGUAUUAUGUAGCUGAUGCGUCAGAAGAUCAGGUGUUUGUUUGUGUCAAUGUCAACAGUAAUGUGACCAAUCUCUAUAUCUCUGAAGCAGAGGGCCUGAAAUUUUCCCUUUCUCUGGCAAAUGUACUGUAUUACAGUCCAGAAGGUGCUGGAAGUACAACUCUGGUGAGAUACUUUGCAAAUGAGCCAUUUGCAGACAUUCAUCGUGUAGAAGGACUACGGGGUGUCUACAUUGCCACCCAGAUGAAUGGGUCUUACACGGAGGAGAACAUGAGAUCAGUGAUAACUUUUGAUAAAGGUGGAACCUGGGAACUGUUGCGGGCACCAGCCUUUGGCAGUGAUGGCGUUAAAAUCAACUGUGAGUUAAUCCAAGAAUGUUCACUCCACCUAGCACAGCGUUACAGUCAAUUGCUGAACUUCCAGCUCCGCAGAAUGCCCAUUCUUUCCAAAGAGUCAGCACCAGGCCUGAUUAUUGCUACAGGUUCCAUUGGCAAGAACUUGGCAAACAAACCAAACGUUUAUGUUUCGAGUAGUGCUGGAGCUCGAUGGCGUGAGGCCCUUGAAGGUCCCCACUAUUAUUCUUGGGCUGACCAUGGAGGAAUCCUAUUGGCAAUCCCUCAGGGUUCCCCUACCACCCAGCUGAAGUACAGCACCAAUGAGGGAGAGACGUGGAAGAUUUUUAACUUCACUCAAAAGACUGUUGUUAUAUAUGGAUUACUCACUGAGCCUGGAGAGAAAAGCACUGUCUUCACAAUCUUUGGCUCAUAUGCCCAGCAGUCCCACAGCUGGCUAAUACUACAGAUCAAUACAACAUUGGCAUUGGGCGUACCUUGUUCUGAGACUGAUUACAAACUGUGGUCUCCCUCUGAUGAGCACGGCAAUGAAUGUUUACUUGGUCGGAAAGUUGUCUACAAACGAAGAACUCCACAUGCUACUUGCUUUAAUGGUGAAGACUUUGACAGGCCAAUUACAGUCAGCAACUGCUCCUGUACAAGAGAAGACUAUGAAUGUGACUUUGGUUUCAAGCUGAGUGAGGACUUUUCAUCGGAGGUCUGCACCCCUGAUCCAGAAUUCACGGGCAAUAUGUAUGCACCCCCUGCGUCCUGCCCCAUUGGCUCCACAUACAAGCGAACAAAAGGUUACCGAAAGAUUUCAGGUGACACCUGUAGUGGAGGUGAUGUUGAGGCUCGUUUGGAGGGUGAAGUGCUGCCCUGUCCUGUGGGAGAGGAAAAUGAGUUCCUACUUUAUGCUCUAAGGACCUCUAUUCAUCGCUAUGAUCUUUCCAAGGGCACAGAUGAGGUACUACCACUUCAGGGUUUGCGAGGCACUGUAUCUUUGGAUUUUGAUUAUGAAAACAACUGCAUAUAUUGGGCAGAUAUUUCACAGGAUGUUAUCCAGCGUUUGUGCUUAAAUGGAAACACAAGCCAGGAUAUAAUAAUUAAAGAUGGUCUACAAACUGUGGAAGCAUUGGCCUUUGAUCCCAUCAGCAAACUUCUUUACUGGAUAGAUGCAGGAGCUAAGAAACUCGAGGUUUCAAACCCUGAUGGAGACCUUCGUCUUACUCUGCUGAAUUCCACUGUAUUAGACCAUCCACGGGCACUUGUGCUAGUUCCUAAUGAAGGCCUGAUGUUUUGGACAGAUUGGGGUGAUAGUGCACCAGGCAUUUACAGAAGUGGCAUGGAUGCAUCUAAUAUCACUCGAAUCAUCACGACUGGCAUUAAAUGGCCUAAUGGCAUUACAGUGGAUGGCACCUGGAUCUACUGGACUGAAGCCUAUGUUGACCGCAUUGAACGAGCAGAUUUCAAUGGUCAUCAGAGAUCUGUCGUGAUACAAAACCUUCCCCAUCCAUACGCCAUUAGUGUUUUUAAGAAUCAGAUCUACUGGGAUGAUUGGUCAGAAAUGAGCAUCUUUAGAGCAAAUAAGCAUGAUGGCUCAGAUGUGGAACCCCUGGUUACUGGUUUAACUGGAGUCAUGGAUAUGAAGGUUUUCUACAAAGACAAGACAACAGGGGAGAAUGCAUGUCUGGAGAAGACCUGCAGCUUGCUUUGUCUUCCCAAACCCUUUGGUAAGAGAUGUGUUUGCCCUGAGGGAGUGAAGAGUACAGUUUUGCCAUCUGGAGAUAUUCAUUGUGAGUGCCCGCGUGGCUACUUACUAACAAAUAACAUCUGUGUGAAACAAGAACAUACUUGUCUGCCUAACCAGUACAGGUGCUCCAAUGGAAAAUGUAUCAGCAGCAUUUGGAAAUGUGAUAACGAUAAUGACUGUGGUGACUAUAGUGAUGAAAGAAAUUGCCCAACGGCUGCUUGUGAUCCUGACUCUCAGUUUAAAUGUCGGUCUUCAGGGAUGUGCAUUCCGAUUUCAUACAGAUGUGAUCGUGAAGAUGACUGUGGGGAUGAUAGUGAUGAGGAACAGUGCUCUUUGAACAACUGUAAGACUGGUGAGUUUACUUGUGCCACUGGCAUGUGUAUACGUUUAUCUUGGAGAUGUGAUGGGGACAAUGACUGCCGCGAUUGGUCAGAUGAACUGAACUGCACCUCAAGUACACAUACCUGUGACUCCAGUAACUUUUCAUGUCGCAAUGGCCACUGUAUCCCACGUAGGUGGAUUUGUGAUGGGGAUGAUGAUUGCCGUGAUGGAUCUGAUGAAGAUUCAACUCUGUGUGAUGGGACUCCCUGUAAUGGAUUUAGCUGUGACAAUGGUAGCUGUAUUGCGAUGAUCAAGCAUUGCAAUGGUGUACCAGAUUGUUCUGAUGGAUCAGAUGAGCAAAACUGCAAUCCAUCGUGUUCUCAGUACAUGGAUUUUGUCUGCAAGGACAAGCGUCGGUGCCUACACAGCUUCAUGGUGUGUGAUGGAGCUCCACAAUGCGAAGAUGGUUCAGAUGAAGAUCCAAACUAUGCACACUGUUCACAGACAGGAGAGUUCAACAGAACUUGUGACCCCUUCAGUUUCAAAUGCUUGAAUGGGAUGUGCAUUAGCAUGGAAUGGAAGUGUGAUGGAGUCGAUGAUUGUGGAGACUAUUCAGAUGAAGCAAAUUGCCAAAAUCCAACUGAAGCACCUUCUUGCUCAAGAUAUUUUCAUUUUGCCUGCCGGAAUGGGAAUUGUGUUCCAACAUGGUGGAAGUGUGAUCAAGAAAAUGACUGUGGAGACUGGUCUGAUGAAGAAAACUGUCCUGGGUGGGAACCUGCUCAACCUACAACAGAGACUCCGUUGAGUUGUGGUCCCAACCACUUCCGCUGUAAUGUCGGAGGAUGUAUUAUAAACAGUUGGGUGUGUGAUCGAUAUGAAGACUGUGUGGAUGGUUCGGAUGAGGAAGGUUGUCCCACAUCUCCAGCAGCAAGCGUAACAACUACUUCCACCACCACCGUGCAUCCAGCUGGAAAGUGUAGCCCUUCCGAGUUCCGUUGUGUUCGAGGCCAUAACUGUAUCCCAAACUGGAAGCAAUGUGACGGCCACAGGGACUGCCGUGAUGGGUCUGAUGAAGUCAACUGUCCUACCCACGUUCCAUUGCGGUGUCUGAAUGAGACAGUUUGUGAGGAUGGAGAGACUUGCAUAAGCCAACUGGAACGUUGUGAUGGAUUUCUGGACUGCUCUGAUAGUAGUGAUGAAAAGAACUGCUCAGCUGAUAGUUCAUCAUACAAAGUUCAAAAUUUCCGCUGGACAGUUGAUUUUCGUGGCGCAAUUUCUUUAAUGUGGGAGAGCCCAAAGAAUUUGCCACCAUCAUGUACCUAUGUUGUACUGUACAGUUUGGUUGGUGAUGAUUGGAAGAGCUUAGACGCUGGUAACAAAACAACUCUUGUUGUAACUGUUAUGAAACCUGACACUACCUACCAGCUGAAAGUACAAGUGCACUGCCUUCUUAAGACCUAUAGCCCAACUGAUAGUAUUAUAUUGCGUACACCGGAGGGCUUACCGGAUCCACCACAACAUCUCCAGCUGUCUUAUAGCCAAAUAUAUGAUGGUACUAUAUCCUGCCAGUGGAGUCGCCCUAUCAAUGCCCAUGGCCUUAUUCGGGAGUAUAUUGUAUCGUACAGCAAGCAAGAAUCGAAUGUGUGGACUUCACUGGAAUGCACUGAAAACCACAUAAACAUUAGAAAUCUUGAGAUGGAUGUUAUGUAUGUAGUCAGGGUUGCAGCUGUCACAAGUUAUGGGAUUGGCAAAUGGAGCGAACCCAAAAGUAUUAUGACAAAGAAAGGUCAAGCAAUUCCAGUGCCAACAGUUACAGUUGCAAGUAUAAAGGAAAAUGCUAUUGACUUGACGUUACAGAUGGACACCAAUAUUAAGGUGACAAGUUAUGUAGUCGAUGUGUCAUGGACAUUUGAUACUCAUAUAAAGGAGAACCGGUCAUUGCGUGUUGAUGGAGUUCAAAAGACUGAGCCAAUUCACUUACCCAUUUCCAAUUUAACUUCCGGUACAAGUUAUGAGAUUUCCACCUGGGCUAGUACUGAUGCUGGCGAUAGCCCAAUCUCUUUUGUACGCAUUAAAACGAAAGGAACCAGUCCAGCUCAUCCAAAACUUAAAGCAAUUCCAAUCAAUCAGACUGCUGUGGAUUGCUCUUGGAAUGGCCCAAAGAAUGUGGUUUAUGGAGUUUUCUUUGCUACUUCAUUCUUGGAGUUGUACCGAAAUCCAAAAAAUGUAACAUCAAGCAUUAACAACCUAACCGUGACUGUGAGCAGUGAUGAGCAAUACCUGUUUUUGGUCCGUGUUGUUAACCCGUAUUUCGGACCACCCUCUGAAUACAUUGUUGUUAAGAUGAUUCCUGACAACCGACUGCCACCUCGCCAUUUGCAUGUGGUGAAAGAGGACCAGACGUUUGCUGUACUGAAGUGGCAACCUCCGUAUGACCUGCUGAAUGAACGUUUAACCUAUGCAGUUCUUGUGAAAGAUAUCGUCCGUAAAAGUGAGAAGAAUUACAAAGUGAGCUCUACGAACAACACUGUAGAAUACAUCGUGAAGCAACUGGAGCCAGGUGGAAAAUACAGUGUAGUCAUCAGACUGCUUAACAUGAGCAAGGAAGCAACUGUUUCUCUAAACCCAGUUCCUCUGUCGGCACCAGAGUCACUGAAAAUCUUACCAGAGAAAGACCACAUCCUGCUCUUCUGGAAAAGCCUCAAAUUGAAAGAAAAGAACUUCAAUGACAGCAGGGGAUAUGAAAUCCACAUGUUUGAUCAUGUGACCAAUACAACGGUAUGCCUUGGGAAUACAACGGAAAACAUCUUCGAGAUCUCUGAUCUGAAGCCUGGCCAUAACUACACAUUCACAGUGCAAGCCAGAUGUUUGUACAAUGGGCAGAUUUGUGGUGAACCUGCUUCCCUGCUGUACGAUGAACUUGGAAAUGAUCCAUCAGCUUCCAACAAUCCCAAAUCCACAGAUGUAGCGGCUAUUGUGGUACCAGUAAUGUUCCUGUUAUUGGUGAUGUUAGGUGUUGGCUUUAUUGUGUUAUACGUUCGUCAUCGAAGGCUCCAGAACAGUUUUACAGCUUUUGCCAAUAGUCACUAUAAUUCUCGGCUAGGAUCGGCUGUGUUUUCUUCAGGUGAUGAGCUAGGCGAUGAUGAAGAUGCACCACUGAUUAAUGGUUUUUCAGAUGAUGUACCGAUGGUACUGGCAUGAAGACCUUGCUGCGUCCAAGCAGGUGCAAGAAUUAUUUGAAGAUGUUUCAGCAGCAGGAAGAAAAAACCCUUUUUAAAAAAUGCACUUUUCUCAGUUGCAAUACAUUAUUUUUAUAUGGACCAAAAUUUAAAAUUUAUUGCAGUAAGCUGUAAUACCUAGGUGAGACUGCAAGAUGAAUAGUGCAGUCCUGGUCCCUGACUGUAGGCUUUUGCAGAGCUGUGCUUGUGUUCUUCGCCUUCAGGCACCAUUUAAUUUUCAGGUUAUUUGCUUGGUGGAUGUUACAGCUGCCGUUUCUCUUUCUGAUGGUCUAUAGAUGGCAUUGCGUACACAAAGAUUAGGUUUCAAUUUUAAAUCUGAUUUUCCAAGACAUCAAUAUUGAUUUAAAUCAUGUUUUUAAAAACUAUAGGAUUAUUAGUGAAAUAAAAUAAAGUUGCACAAAUGAUUUUAAAACUUCUACAAUGAUUACAGCAAUUGAAUUUGCAAAAUGAUUUUACUUCAAAAUUAAAAAUAGUUUUAGGUCCCAAAAAGGGAAAAUCUAGUCCGUGAUGCAACAGAAUCUUCUAUGGAAAUUGAGUUGUUCAGUGGGGCAGUGCAUUUAAUAUUUUCACUACUUCCUUGUUUGGAUUUAAUACUGUCUCAAUUUUUCACUUCAAACUGAUCAAAUAAUCAAUAUAAAAAAGAAAGAGGGAGUUGGGUAAAUUGCAGAAUAAUUUCCAACAACAGCAAAAGUUGCAAAUAUAGUCUGCUUAUUAAAUUAUGAUAUUUUAAUAUAGUUAAUGCAUAUCCAAAAAAAAGUUCAGUUUCACAAAAACAUCUCAAGUUGCUGACUUGAUUGAAUCUGGGGUACAAUCCUAAAAUGAGUCUGUACAGAAGAAAUCAUUGAGCCUGGGGCUGCACUUUGAAAGGGCUAUCCAAUUAAUCCUGAAGUUCAUUAAUUUCUUUUUCUCGAACAAUUUAUCCCAUCCCCUUUUGAAAGUUACUCCUGAAUCUAUUUCUGCCAACCUUUCAGGUAGCACAUAUCAGAUCAUGGUAACUCACUUUUUUUAAAGAAGAAGUAAAAUUUUCCGUAACUUGCUACUGAUUCUUCUGCCAGUAUCACUUGGGAAAGUGCACCAAUUCUUCAGCCCCCACUACUCUUGGUGUUGUUACAGACAUUAAAGAUUAAAUUAGAGCCUUCAAAUUCCCAAUUUACCUGUCUGAUGGAGUCAGGUUAACAGAAAAUUCUGACCAGGCUUCUGUACUAAACAAAAGACUGCUAUUUAUUACAAAGAGAUUGGUUCCAACCACAAUUAAGCAAAACAUACAACCCCACGAGCUGAAAUUCUAGCUCCUUAAACACAAAUAUAGUCAGACACAAACAAACAAAGAAACCUUUCUGAUCUCCUGUUGUUUUAUUCUUUCCAAGAUUUUUCAGUUCUGGACAGCAGGCCCUGGCCAAUUAAUACAAUUGUUCAAUUUUUCAGUCAUUGGUAGAAGCAGUAGCUUUUAGGAAAUAGCGAGAGAUGGUCACUAGUUAUCAUCCAGAUUUUGAUUACUUCACUGUAGAGAGAGAGAGAGAGAGAGACACCGUUUCCCUGGUAUAGUCAGGAGGCUUCUGUCACUGUAUUCUUCACAUGCUGCUUUUCGUCUGCCCAGGAACUAAUCAAGACUUGUCAUGAUGCUGACUCCUAGCCACCACACCUGGUCCCAAACCAAUCAGCAUGCUGUCUCCACUGUGCACAUACCCACAGUGCCAUGGUGUCUGAGGCACCAUUUCCACACACAACUGUUCCAACAGUGAAAAAAAACAGCGAAAACACAACUCUCAAUGAGUUCCAAUAACUUUGUUUUUAAAUCUACUUGAUUCCUCUUUCAGUCCUUGGUUUAAAAAGAAAAAAAUCAAUUCAUCUGGGGCCUUUCAUGUUCUGCAUGUGUUCCUGAUGUGUUCACUCCGAUGUCAAAUCCCGUCAUUAAAUGACAUGUUUUAGUAUUCUCAAAUCCUUCAUUUUGUUAAUCCAACUUCAUGUGCUCUUGAAAAUAUUAACCAAAAUAUGUUUUUUUUUCAAUCUAAUCACUUUUUAGAAUCUCUCUUCAGCCACAAAACCUGCAUAUAAGCCAGUCUGUUGCACUUCUGAGCUAGACGUGGUUGUCUGAAAAGUUUGCAAUUGCCCGCUAAUUGAUGGCAUUGGAGCAAUAGCUCUUUUGGUUGGCUUUAAGCCAGAAUUGGGAGAAAAAAAGUCUCUGUGUCCUUUGUAGGAUUUCUCGGUAGCCCAGGAACUUGUGUAUGAGCAGAUAGGUCAAAAUAAAUAUUCCAGUUCUGUUUGUCUUGUAAUUCACUUCAACUAAUAACUAAAAUAUAACUGUUCUUUCACAGAUUAUUAUUAUUAUUCUUUUACGACCAACAGAGUGCUCGCGCUCUCUCUCUCUCUCUCUCUGCCCUGCCCCAAAAUUCAAUAUGCUGACCAAACUCUUCACAAUUCACAUCGACACCUAGACCAUAUCUAUGAAUUUAAGAUACCCUUUUAACUGGAAUAAGUUCAUGGACCAUCCGUAAGUUGCAUGCAUCAAAUUAAUGCUUUGUAAUUCUCAUUUUCAAAAGAUCAAACAAACCUUGUAACAGUGAGACAUUAUGAAUUCCAGGGUUAUAUUUUUGAAUUGACAAACAAAUUGAGCUUAGUUUGUAAUGGAGACUGUAAUGUAAUGAUACAUGAUUAAACAAUAACUGAGGCCAAAUGAUUGAGUUCAUUUUAAGCUUUAGAUUUUAUUUGGAGAGGCAUGAUGAUAGAUUGGCCAUCAGAAAUGGAGUGCAGCUUCAAUUUUGAUCUUGCUGCAAGGCUGCUGGGAGUUCCCAAUUCUGCGUCAUUUUCUGAUCAUGGUUUCAACAUUAGUAAAAUUUUAAUUAUUUUACUGUCUUAAAGGAUUUAUAGAAGGGUUCAGUUCUUCAAAUUUUAAACAGUUGCCCAACACGCUGCAAGCUGGUACUAAUUCCCUUCAAUGGACCAAAUAUUCCAUGAGUCAACACCACAAAAAUAUUCAGAGGGCUAUAAUUUUGAAUUUCUCUGCCUGUUAUUCAACCCCAGCUGUAAAGUAUGAGGAAGCAUUUAUGCCAUCAGUAAAGGCCAAAUGCAAAAUCUGUAAAAGUAAGUUGUACUAGUCAUUUCUUAAUUUACAGUGCACAUGAUGGUUGCAGUUCUUAAAGCAUUGUUGGUUGGAUCUCCAAGCCUUCCUCUUCUAGCAACUGAGUUGCAAUUGGCUUUUUGUCAAACCAAAACAAAAUAUUUGAUCAUAAACCAAAUUACAGAAUUUUACAAUAUGCUCCUUCAUAUUGCACAUUGUUAAGGGAGCAUUUAGAACCGUUUUUCCAGAUUUUAGUGGUUCUGCAGUAGUUCUGAAUUCUAUUUUUACUUGGAAAUAAACCCUGAUACCCUUUUAACGUGUAAUGUAAUUCUUCAUGUAUGUUUACAUUAUUUGAAUUAUCAAUGAAAUGUCAAACAACUUUAACGUUCUUUGUGAAAAAGCAUUUACUGUUCAAUUAUAUUUUGGCAAACCAGCAAAUAAUGUGUCACAAAUCGAGAACUGGCCAGAGAAUUGCAAUUGGUUCUCUUAGCAUGAUUCUUGAUUUUAAAGAUUAGAUUUGAUCUAAUUAGUAAUUCAUACUUCCACUGUCAAUCAAGAGCCUUUGUCACUUUGCCUCAUGAGCAUAGCUGUAAACUAUUAAAAAGAACUUACAUAUGACAAGUUGUUUUAACUAUAAUUUUGCUCAAAUGAGUGGGAUUUGUUUGGAUUAACAAAUAUGAAGUCUCAAAAGAAUUUUCUAAGUUAAUCUCCCUUUUGAAAAACAUCAAAGUAUAUAAUUUGGAUCACACUAACACACAGCCUUGGUCACUUCCCUGUUGUUUGGUAAUAUUGAACUUGAUCACACCUUGUGUGAAAUUUUGCCAAAUGUGCAUUAUGUGAAGGAAAAAGAAAAUGCUGUUUUGGUAAUUGUGUUUCCUCUUGAGCUGGCACGCCAUCGCGUGAUUGCUGACAACUGCUAUCUUGCAUUAGUUUAGCUUCACUAUGUGGUAGUGUUUAGAUCUACGUUAUAGUUACUAUCUGAAAUGGAGCCAUUUUUAUUGAUCUAGAAUUUGUUUGCAUUUUAUUUAAGUCACAUGAAUGUACUAUUUUACUGCUGGGUGCAUGGAGGGAAAGUCCAGCAGGGCUGCUUGUUUUAACACAUGGUACUACUUUUUAAAAGUUUUGUGUUUUCGUUUAAUUUUUUUUGCCUUAAAACUGGAGUUUUGUUUUAUGAAAAUGCUUAAAAGCCUUUAAUCAUUCUGCCAUAUUUGCCUUACUGAGUAAAACGUAAGUGUCUGUAAUUUUGUGCAUCAGCCUUCAAUGAUUCCAACGUUUGAAUUGCACAUAUGGAUACACAUGCUCAACUCCAUCAACCAGCCACCAGAGCCUAAAUAGUUUUGGUGUGUCUAUUAUGCUUCAUUUUUAUAUAAAAAAAAUUGAUUGCUUCAACUUGUAGAGAAGGAAAAUGCAUAUCAAAUUCCAAAGUUGCAGAUUGUACAAUGCACAAUGUACAACGAUGGGGUGUUUUGUAUAAAUGGAAAAUGUUUUUAAAAAAUGUAAAUUUUGGGAAAUAUUGCUGUGGAUCUAUUUUUAUGUUUGGUAGUGUUUAACUAAAGCACAGUAGACUGUUUGUUUGCAUGGGAAUGUGGAGGGUACCUCUAUAUAAUGACUACAUAAGUCUUAUGUGACACAUUAUGUUCUUUGUAAAAACAAAUGCAACAAAGGAAAUCUUGAAUUAAGCAUAGCUGUGCCAGAAAUCAGCCAUAUUAAUGGUACUGAAGAAGUCAGGUUCCAAUUUUUCAUUGUUUUUGAUUUUCAGGCUGUUGUGCUGUGAGACUUUGCACUAAUAAAAUAUCGGACAAAUUGUGUAACAAACCUCUGAAUUCUUUAAACACCAAUUGCUGUAAACUUUUGGAAGGGGUGCCAUGUGCUUUAAAUGUGAAUUUUUUUCACCUAAUAAAUCUCAUUUGGGUCAAGAA